UUGAACAACUUUUGCAGUUUUUAGGAAAAACAGUAUACUGUUUUUGUCCUCAGUGACCCUGUCUGUUGCAGUCCCUUGUUUCUCCAUCGCCUUUCCCCGCCUCCUCCACCCCUGCACUUAUUCUCACCACACCCCAUCUUUUCCUUGGCUGAUACUGGCUGGCUGGCCCUAUUAUCAAUUCCUUCUGUCAGCAUGCCUGUGAAAAAAUAGCUUACGUCACAGUCAUUACUGGCUCUAUAAAAGCCGGAGUAAUGCAGAUUCACUGUGCAGACAACCCAGCUACAUUCCUGGACACAGAGCAGCCCCUCUCUGAAGCUAUGACUUCCAUCGGCUUUGACCCUUACUUCCCCUCUACUUACAAGAGGAAAGUGGUGGUGCGCAAUGCAGGAUAUGGAGCUGGUGGAGGAAUUGGAUCCAGGUCUGCCUACUCUAGCCACUCUGCCCCAAUUGCUUCCUAUCCAUCAUCACGCAAAGGCUAUCCAGCAUACUCCAGAGGGAGCUCCAUCUACUCCUCUGUGCUUUCUGCUCCAGUGUCUGCAGCUGCCACGGACCUACACCUUGAGCAAGCAGUCCAAGUCAGCUCCGAGUUCAAAACAUUAAGGACCCAGGAGAAGGCUGAGCUGCAGGGCCUGAAUGACCGCUUUGCAAGUUUCAUCGAGCGUGUCCAUGAACUGGAGCAGCAGAACAAGUUGCUGGAGACUGAACUUCUGCUGCUCAGGCAGAGGCAGACGGAGCCAUCCAAUCUUCGGGCCCAGUAUGAGCAUGAGAUCCGCCAGCUCCAUGCUGCUGUAGAGGAAGCUCGCCAUGAGAAGCAAGCCGCCCAGGAUCGCAGGGAUGGGAUGGAAGAUGUACUGAGCAAUCUGCAAAAAUGCUUUGAGGAUGAAGUGCUCUGCAGAGCAGAAGCCGAUGGCAGGCUCAUCGAUGCUAGGAAGGGAGCAGAUGAUGCUACACUCAGCCAAGCUGAGCUUGAGAAAAGAGUUGAUACCCUGCUGGAUGAGCUGACCUUCCUGAAGCGCCUCUGUGAGAGUGAGAUUGCAGAGCUGCAGUCCCAAAUACAGUACAGCACUGAGGUGUCGGUGGAGAUGGAGGUUGUCAAACCUGACCUAUCUGCUGCUCUCCGUGACAUCCGAGUGCAGUAUGAAAAGCUGGCACAGCACAACCUUCAGUCCGCUGAAGAAUGGUUCUGCAACAAGAUGAAUGUGAUGACAGUAGGCACUGCUCGCAACACUGAGAGUGUGAAGAAUGCCAAAGAUGAGUCUGGAGAAUACCGUCGGCUCCUCAAAGCCAGGAUGCUGGAGAUUGACGCCUGCCGUGGCAUGAACCAAGCUCUGGAGAACCAACUGCAGGAAGUGGAGGAAAAACAGAGUGCUGAGAUCUCUGCACUGCAGGAUGCAAUAAGUCAACUGGAGGAUGAGUUGAGGGCAAACAAGAAUGACAUGGCUCGCUACUUGAAAGAUUAUCAGGACCUCUUGAAUGUGAAGAUGGCCUUGGAUAUUGAAAUUGCAGCCUACAGGAAGCUCCUUGAAGGAGAAGAGAACCGUUUAAAUGUGGCAAGCCCAGGCUCUGUUUACUCCCAAGCUAUGUAUGCCGCUCCAGCUUAUGGAAGAACACAGAUGUCUAUGCGUUCUCAGCUGAGUUCUGCAUCUCCAUACCUCCUGAGCUCCCGCUUGUAUUCUUCAUCACUUUUCACAGAGGAGACAAUAUCUGCAAGCCAAGCCCAGCAAGCGGAGGCCAGCCCUUCUCAAGAAGAGGAGGAAGAAGAGGGGGAGGAGCAGGUGAAAGAGGAAGAGAAAGAGAAGGAGGAAGAGGAGCAGGGAGAAGAGGAGGAAAAUGAGGCAGAGGAAGAGCAGGGAGAAGAAAAGGAGGCGGAAAAACAAGACGAGGAGGAGGAAGAAGCAGAUGAACACGAGGGUGACGCAGAGGAUGAAGCAAAAAAACACGAUGAGCAAGGAGGAGAGGAGAGCCCACCUCAAGAAGAGGAUGAUGCUGAGCAGAAAGAGGAAGAGGGUGAAGAAGAGGGUGAUAAGGUAGAGGAGGGUGAAACUGAAAAAGAAGAGGUGGUGGAAGCCAAAGAGAAAACAACUAUUAAAAAUGUUUAAAUUGACAUGCUUUAAAAAAAAUAACACCUGCUAUAGCCUGUAGCUAUAAGUUCUCCGGUGCUCCCUAUACAGAGAUGCUUGUUCUGUUCAAACCAAAGGAGAAUCUCUUGAGUAAUGUAAAUGAACCUAGCCUGUGUAUGAUCAAUUUGAGUAACACAUAGCAUGUAAGCAGACAUGCACAUUAGCAAAGAACUUAAACGCUAAUAGAUUUAUUGAGGAAGACCGUGUGUGUGUGUGUGUACUGGAAAUUCUGCUUUGUAGAGAUUUGUUUGCUAACACCUGUGUGCUUUACUACCACCAAAACAUGCCUGUACAAGUGUGUGCAAUAUCCAGUUUGAAAUGCCUUACUUCAAGUCCACUGUUUGCUUUAAGUUCAUGAUGUGCUGCCUUGAACCCAAUAAAGCCUUGAAGCCUUGUCAACCUAUAGAGCCGGAGCCAGGCUUUUCAUUGGCAUGUACAAACAGGAACAUUUGCAAUUAAGUAAGUAAAAUUUAGGACAAAUAAAGACAGUAGCAGAAAAUGA